AGGCGUAAACUGUCUGAAAGCGACAGUUAGUUCUCUAUGCAGCAACAGACAAGGAGACCAAACAUACAUACAGGUUGAUAAUAAUACGUGUUCAGAUCUAGAAUAAACGCGUUAGGCUACAUUUGUAAAUCUGUUCAUCUUUAUUGGACUUCAUUACAGUUCUGCAAGAAUGUUUUUCAAAGCCGUUCUAUUCCUGGCAGGCGUGCAUGCGGUUUCAGGCGUUUUUAACGGCAGCUCCAUCGUGAGGACCUUUGCCAGGAGGUUAGUCUCGGAAGGGUCCGUGGUCACAGACGAGCCAAUAGAUGUAGACCUACUGGACUACUACCCAGACAUAGACAGUAAUGGGACUGGAGUUGGACUAAACAAUGUGUCCGGACCGGGAGAGAGAGUUGGGUUUAUAAAUGGGUCCAGACUGAGACCAUUGGAACUGGGCUCUGCCAGGAAUGCGACAGAAGUCUGGUCUUACACCAUCUCUGUUAUGGCCAACAACUUCCUCACAGGCCACCUCUCUACCAUCUUCAUCCCGACGCUUUACACCUUCAUCUUCCUCAUCAGCGUGCCUCUUAACAUUGUUGCCAUGGUGACCUUUGCCCAACGGAUCCGGCCCAUGAAGCCAGCAGUGAUCUACAUGCUGAACCUGGCAGCCGCCGACCUGCUGUUCGCCCUGCUGCUGCCCUUCAAGAUCGUCUACCACUACAAUGGCAAUGACUGGGGCUUCGGCGAGGGGUUGUGCCGCCUGGUCACUGCGGCCUUCUACUGCAAUAUGUACUGCUCCAUCCUCCUCAUGACCUGUGUCAGCGUGGACCGCCUGCUGGCAGUGGCCUACCCCAUCAACUCCCUGUCCUGGAGGAGCCCCCGCAACGCAGCCUUGGCCUGUAGCGCCAUGUGGAUCCUGGCUGUGGGUGGCUCGCUGCCUCUUGUCCUCUCACAGCAGACAGUCUACUACAAUCCACUGGAUAUCACCACCUGCCAUGACAUCCAGGACCUGGAGCUGUUAGAGGAGCAAUACGUCUUCUUCUUUCCUACACUCUCCUGCACCCUCUACUUCCUGCCGCUGUUCGUAAUGGUGACCUGUUACUCCCGGGUGGUGCAGGUGCUCAACAAGGCUCCGUGCGGUGUUGUAGGCCGUUCAAGGCAGAAGGCGCGGGCUGUGGUGAUGGCGGUUACCGUGCUUGUGGUGUUCGUGGUCUGUUUCACACCCACCAACUCCAUUCUCCUCGCUCACUACCUCCAGAUCGCUGGGCAGGUGGGUGGGGAGCCGGACGCUACCCACGUGGCCUACCUCGUGUCACUAUGUUUGGGGAGCAUCAGCUGCUGCCUGGACCCCCUGGUCUACUAUUUUGGCUCGUCCCAGUGCCAGAGGCAGCUGGAGGGGGCGCUGGGAUGCCAGGCGGUCACUGAGGGAAGAAAGAGUCUGGCCUCAUCCUCUGGUUCCUCCAGGACCAGCACCAGGACCAGAAUAAGCACGAGGACCAGCACUAGGAUUACUAAGGUGGAUACCUUCCAGGCCAGCCUCAGCAGCCAGUACAAGAAACUCCUGGUCUGAUGGAUGGAGACACAGAGAGCUGUUUCUUUUUCACUGACAAAAAAUAAAAAUAUAUAUUUAGUAUAUGCUGUAUUUCCACUGUUUCAGACAGUGCAAGAUGCUUCUGGUCUGACAGAUAGACAUGGACCAAAGCUAGGCUAGUUCUGAGGAGAAAAAAUGGAUUUGGCUUGUAUGAUGAAUUCAGUCAGACAUUCAUCCAUAGGUCUGGGUUAGCUAUGCCCAACUGUAAAUAUGAAGAAGAGAUAUACACGUUGUUUCAGACAGUGCAACAAGCUGCUGUCAUGAUUGUCAUGGACCAAAGUUGUUUCUGACCUGUACACCACUACAGUACCACGAAUAUAUAUUUAGGGUAAGAGAAAAGGAAAAUGUAAGUUUUGUGAAAAUGUAAUGGAUAAUACCAUUUUUAAUCUUGAAGCAGGUUUAAAUUCCCCAAAACGAUUUAUUUUAUGUUUGAUGGUCUGCGAUAAGGGAAUAACAAAGGAGUCUUUAUUCAAUCCUGUAUUUGACCAUUUCUUAAACGCUCACUGAACAAUACAAGGAAAUGCUUUUCGACGCAAGCUGAGUGAGGUCACUGCUAUGCCUGCUGGCCAUAGAGAUAUUUCCUCAGCAUUGUGAAAUGUAUAGCCUAUGCACUAUGUUGUCAAUGUUGUAUAGAAAUACAAUGCAGUUUAUUAGGUACACCCAUUCUUGUACCAGGUCGGACCCCCCUAAGCCUCCAGAACAGCCUGAAAUCUUUGGGGCAUAGAAAGGUUGCACAAUUUGUAUAAAGGGACCUAACGUAUGCCAGGAAAACAUUCCCCACACCAUUACACCACAGCCCAGUAUGGUCGUCUGCUGCAAUGUUUUUAGAAACUUUUACAAAUGACUCAAGACAUUUCAUCUUUUCAUUUUGAAUUCAAUAAGUAUUCAAUUAUUUUGUUAUGGCAAGCCUAAAAAUGUGCUUAACAUGUCACAUUACAAGUUGCAUGGACUCACUGUGUGCAAUUCCAGUGUUUAACAUGAAUUUUGAAUGAGUACCUCAUAGGGGGGUAGGGGGGUCUGACCUGGUACAAGAUGGAUGUACCUAAUCUGUAAGGUCCCUCAGUCAAGCAGUGAAUUUCAAACACAGAUUCAACCACAAAGACCAGGGAGGUUUUUCAAUACCUUGAAAAAGAAGGGCACCGAUUGGUAGAUGGGUAAACAUAAUAAAAGCAGACAUUGAAUGGUGUAUCAAUACACCCAGUGAUACAGGCGUAGGAGCGAAGCCGAGGUGGUGUACCUUAAUAAACUGACCACUGUGUGUAUAUUAUCACUCAAAUAACUUUAGCUCACACUCAUUAUUACUAAAUAUUCCAUUUGUGUGAAUGUAUAAUAUAUGCAUUCAGAAUUGGAAGAGCUCCUUGACUACUCAAAUACCCAGACAAGUCGAGCAAAACGCGUCAGAGCAGGUACUAUGCUGCGUACAGACACUUGCGCACGCAACGAUAGAAAUAUAACGUAUUGCGGUACUAAUUUGAGAGUAAGAAGUGCUGUGAUGCCCCCUGUUGGUGUGAAUUAUACAUCAAGGCAAGUACAUUUACAGCACUUUGUCACAGUCCUGCAUGUUGCAUUACGUACAGCAGGUGGCGCUACAUAUCUAUUUAGUACAUUCAAUGGAAUUUAUAUUUGGUCUGGAAGAUAACAUUAAAUGAACAAAAAUAUUAAAUGGUCUUAAAGAAGGUAUUUGUGCCAUACUGUUACAGAACAUUACAAAAAACAAUGGUAAAUGUUUCAAAUAAAGCUAUCUGAUUUGAUGAUGUA